UGCAGAAGUGAAAAAUUACUGAAAUGUAUGUCGGCAAUCAGUUCGUCGAAAAAGAAGGUGCUCCGAAAAGACAGAGUGCUUCGGCAAGAAAACUUAGUGCUGCGAAUAGUGAGGACAUUGUCGUUGAGAAGUUUCGAGCAUGCGCUCCCACUUUAUCCUGACGUACAAAAGCAUUUAUUACCUAUGUACCAAUAUCUAUGGAAGAAAGAUCUUUUGGAAAGAUGUGUCGGCGGGCAUACGCAAAAUGCCAAUGAAAGUUUCAAUUCUACCGUUUGGCGUUUAGCACCAAAACACCUGAACUACGGGAUUAAUAUCAUUGAAAUCGCCACUUUUAUAGCUGCUAGCAUUUUCAAUGAAGGAUAUUGUGCCAUUUUAAAAAUGAUGAAUAUAUUGGAAAUAAAAAUUGGACAUGAGUGCAAAUAUUUUCCUGAUAAGUACAAUGCCGCACGGGUACAUCGCCAAGAGCGUCUCAGCCGCAGUAGCAGUAAAGAAGCUCGUUCUGCUCGCAGAGAAGAACAAUUAGAACAACAGCAGUUUCUUGAAGAAGGUUUGCUCUAUGGACCUGUAAUCGCAGAUUAG